GUUUCAUCCCAUGAAAAAGACAAUGUGCAUAGAAAUAUGGAAAGUGCUUGUUCAACAACAGCAGUACAAAUAGAAUCAGAAUCCAUGGAGAAUACUGAUAAAAAAUAUGGACGAAUGAAGCCAUUCUAUUAUUGAUCAGGUUGGUAGAAGGAAAAUAUGAUGAUUUCAAUAAAGGCCUAAAAGAGAAUGUGUGGAUGAAUAUCGCAGCAGACCUAUCCAAAACAUUAAAAUAUACAAUCUCAGCUGAUCAGUGCGACUCCAAAUGGAAGGGACUUAAGAAAACGUAUAAAAAAAUUAAAGACUUAAACAAUACAACUGGAAAUAAACCUAAGAAGUGGGAAUUUUAUUACGUUAUGGACAAUUUGUUAGGUAAUAAACCUGAAGUUAUACCACAAGCUGUUUGUAGCUCAUCAGAGGGCUUAAUUAUUAAUAAAGUCCCAGAGCGAGCAUCAACGACAAAGGAAAUCCCAAUAAAUAAAGGCAAAAGAAAAGCAUCUGGAGUUGAAUUUCGUCAUAAUGAAAAAAUGCAGAAAUAUGAUGAAUUCUUGCAUUUAUUUAAACUUACAGUUGAACACACUAUUGGUAGGAAGGUUGAUGAAAAUUAAUAAGAAUAUUG